AUGGCAACUGACUCACAGAACCAACGAUCCGAUGAAGCUCAACUGACUUCUGCUGCCGAGCCCGUAAGCCCAAGCCUCUCCCCGCCGUCCGCUUGCGCGACGCUUGCCCUUGUUCGUCCCCUCGUCGCUAACCCCAGCCGCCCCGCGCCGGCCGUCCAGACUGUCAAGAUCGACUCGACCGACUCCCAAAAUGUCGAUUCUAGCCAACCGCCAGUAAAUGGCGACGCUGCCGCUUCCUCAGCCGCUCCGACCGUCGGGAAUACCACGGAAGAGCCUGAGAACAAGCACUUGACCGACAUUGUCGACGAUCUGGUGAACUCAACAGAAGUUAGCAUAAGUGGAGGAUCCGACAACGAAGCUGCCAAGUCCGAUGCUUCGAAGACGAAGAGCGACGCAAAGCCGAAAACUACCCUCAAAAAGCCCACCACCUUUAAGGCUGUCAAUGUCAACAAGACCUUCCUCACGUCCAAGGGCACUACGCCCAGCUCUCAGGCCAAGGCCGCCGAGAAGUCGUCCUCGGCUUCUGGCUCUGCCUCGGGCUCUAGCAGUACUACAUCUACCAACCGGCCCCGGUUAAUCGCAAAGACGGGCGGCGUUAUUUCUAAGUCUUCUACAAACGGGAAGCCAGGCUCGGCGCCCGAUCCAAAUGCCGUUUGGAACAAGAACCGACCCACUCUUCCCCAAGACCCUAAGAAGCUCACCGACGAGGAGCUCAAAAAGUUCGGCAUCCAUGUGGCUAGUCGCCUCAAUCCCGACGAUCAUAAGGGCCAGUCGAGUUGGGCAGAUAUCGAAGACGACGACGCUGAUUGGACGCCAGACGCCAUUACCUGGAAAGACGGUACAAAAAUUAGCAUCGCCCAUCACGAGGACAAUUCCAACCAGGAGUUAGAGAAGAAGGAAAACGGAGCGUCUGCCGACAAGCCCAAGUCGCCGACGCCCGGCACUGCGUCACCGUCGAUGAAACCUGGUCUAGCCCUCAAAGGUUCUUCAGAAAAGCCGACUUUGGUCGCGAAGCCGCCUGCCCCUCCCCCGCCGACCAAGUCCCCGUGGGCCCCUCUCCCUAAAAUUGAGAAAGUAUCGCCAGUCGUGGUCGAGCCCACACCUAGCGAAGCCAACGCUCCGUCCAGAGAUGCACAUCCUACCGCUCCUCCCCUGCGGGAGAUGUCCGCCGACGACUUCAGCCGAGGUCCCUGGAGGGACGGUGCUCCUCCGGGAAACCGGGAGCUGUUCAACUCUCGUUCGGGUCGCUACGAGCCUGUUUUUGACCGCCGUGGUCCGCCCCCUCCGUCACUUCUUCAACGCUCUCACCCUGAUCAGCCCGGUCCACAUGAUCCUCCUGGCGCUGGCUCUUGGAGGAAUGACCCAUAUGAUCGCAGGCGCGGUUCUUCCACGGUUAGCGGUGGUAGUGGUAGCUGGAGGUACCGUGGGCCCGAGCACCCCUUGCCCCCUCCUGAACUCAUUCAGGCUCGCCGUGGCUCAAUGACGGCCGGCAGUGAGGGGCCUGGGUUCAGCCCCAUGUCGCCCCGUGGCUUCUCUCCCCAUGGUGGGCCGCGGCAAGGCUCUUGGGGCCCGAGAGCAUCUCCUAGUGUUACCCACGCGACUCCCUAUCAGCCAGCACCGCCGCAACAGUCUCCGUUGCAGCCUUCUGCCGUUGUGGUGACCGAGGAGGACUUCGAGCUUCAGAAGAAGCUGAUGAUCCAAAAGAGAGAAGAGGCCCGGCGCCGCCGUUUGGAGGAAGAAGCAAGAGAAGAAGCUGCGCGCAGAGAGAGACUCCGUGCCAAACUCGAGGCGCUCGGACCGGCUCCAGAAUCGAGGAGCCAAAGGAAGGCUGCUGAGGAGGCUGCGAAGAAAGCCGCCGCUGAGAAGGCUGCAGCCGAGAAAGCUGCCGCGGAGAAGAAGGCUGUCGAAGAAAGGCAGGCAGCCGAGGGGGCUGCUAGAGAGGCCGAAAAGGUCACUCCAGAGAAGGAAAAGCCGCUUACACAACAUGACUCCCCGAAGGAACAGGCACAGGCUCCUCCAGCACCGACUCCUGCUCCGGCUCCCACGCCGGCGCCUACACAGAUCCAGCCACACAAGCAGUCUGCUCCCCCACAACCGGAACAGCCGCCGGCACCUCAACCAACAGCAAUGCCCCCGACUGUUGCACUAGAACCCGCCAAGCAGCCUACUCUGUCUGCGAACGGUAUGCAGCCACAGCCUCUCUCAUCACACACCAAUCUCGAGCCCCACCCACACCCACACGGCGUUCCGGGCCAACCCCAUUCUCAUCACCCUUGGGGACCGCCGCCUCCCCGGCCCGGUGACCGACUCCCGCCCGUAUCUUGGGGCCCUCAACCUCAGACCAAAAACGUCUGGGCCGCACCAAACAACCGCAGCUUGGGCAACGGCACUUUCGCAUCGGACCUUGGGCCUCAUUUGCCCCCCGUUGGACCUGGGCCGAUCGCUCCUCCGAACGGGGCUCGCAACCUUACUGGCCAGGCUCCGGGCAUGCCAGCCCAGCCGGCCAGGCAACCACCGAUUGGUCCUCCGUCGCACCAACUCCCUCAAGCAGAGCGAGAACGCGACGUUAACCGCAACGCCUGGGCUGCCGCUGCCCGUUUGAAUGACGAAAAGUUUACUGCAAUGCUCAAGCCCCAGUUCGAAGAGCCCGAGCGUCGUCCCCAGGCUGACGGUCGCUCGCUGAAUCAACCAAUUGUUCGGGAUACUUGGCGCCCAGUCAAGACUGAUGAGAAUGGCAGGCGUAUCGAGGCAGAUACCACCCACUCGCGCCAAAUUGGCCAGGACAAGUCGUGGGCCUCGACUGCUCAAUCGCAACCCGCGGUCGCUCAGCAAGCACCGGCGGGCCCGAGCGUGACAGAGUAUAGCACUUCUUUCUUGGGUACCACAGCGGCUCCUUCUUCAGCGAGGGGAUCUCGGUUCUUCCCUGUCCGUCAGGAACCUGUCGAUCCAGUUGCUCCUGAAGUACAGGUGCGGCCCAAGUCUCCAUCACCUCCGCCACCUGAUAUGCCGGGUCAUCCUGCUUUCGAUGGUGAUGCCAGCCAUCCCCAUGUCUCGCUACCAGGUCCCCGUCCUGUUGUUCGUCUCCCGCCGACCGGCCCUGCUAGAGAACCCCUGCGUUUGACACCUGCUUCGGAGAAACCGAAGCCGCAGGCUUGGACGUCGCAGCAAGUAACGCAGGAGUCCGAGCCCGCACCGACGACUACCCGCAAGCCCGAUAACGUGUGGCAGGCCCGCAUUGAUAGCCUGCUUGGUGAUCGCAAGGUUCCCCAUCCCGUUAAGGCACCCGUUCCCGUUCCCCACGUUGAGCCCCUGAGCCGUGCCUCGCAGCAGCAACGCGAGGCACCCGCAAAGGCAGUUGUCGCCGAAGAGGAACCGCGCAUCACAAAACCCAUGGCCGAGGAAUGCUUCGAAGAGCAGGAGAUGGGCUCCCUUCCCGUUGUUCGCGUGCCAACCGUCGUCCCUGAGAUGGCUUGGCAGCCGAGUCCCCCGCCGGAGCCGCUUCCAAAGAAAUUGCUGCCGCAUGCUACGAGCGCCGAUCCGAUUAGUUUCCCUCCUGAUGUCUCGGGGGCAGGAGCAACCCUCGCCGUGGUGGUGGCCCGCGUGGAGGCAGACACAGCGGUGCUGGGCCCAGACAGAGCAGAGGCCCGCGUGAUGGGUCGAAUACAUAUGGAGGCCAGCAAAAUACUGGCUCUGGGCCACAUAGCAGAGGCCAUGGCCGUGGUGGAUAUCGCGGUAGAGAGAAUUGGAAUCGUGGGGCGGCGCCUGUGCAGAGUUGAAGAUGCUGCGUAA